GACAGUGGAGACUGCAUAUCUGUAGCAGGAGCUAACGAACGAAGAUGGAGCUAUCUGCAGCUUCACAGGGCACGAAUCCAUGUCCGAUCUGCCUCGGUCCCAUCGUUCAAGAGUCUUAUCUCGACACAUGUUUCCAUAAGUUUUGUUACAAUUGCAUUGUACAGUGGACUAAAGUGGUUGCCAGUAAGCAGUCUCUCUUGCCUUCUUCUGUAAAGUGCCCUCUCUGCAAGAGAGAAAAUUAUUCACUAAUCCGUGGAUUUGAUGGAACUUCAUUUGAACGGCUCUAUGUCAACCAGAAUUUUGGCAAUGGUUUUUUCCUUACGAAAGCACACAAGUGCAGAUUACAAUGCUACCACACUGAACCAGGUAUCGCAAACGCUGCAUUUGAUGUGUCACGUUAUUGGAAGUCUCGGAAGUAUCUUCAGUCAAAUCAGUGGCUCCAAAGCUGGUUGAAGAGAGAAAUUCAAGCAUUAGCACAGGAUGAAGAUAUUGAGAUCAUUGUGCAUCACAUCCUUGGAGUGUUUGAUUGCUUCCUGAGAAGAAAUGAGCAAAAACAUGUAAAAACACCUGAAAUUAUACGUGAAGAGUUCAAGGCUUUGGUAUCUGAUGCAGCAAGGCCAUUUAUAGCAGCAAGAACAAAUCAUUUCGUGGACGAGAUGGAACUAUUCCUGGCUUCAGGCUUGACGAUUGAAGCUUAUGAUCAAGUUUAUGCGGAAUACCUAGGUUGGAACAAUUCUUCUGCCAGCAACAUUGCUGCUGCUGUUGAAAGAAGUAAUGAAAACACACCUGUAGCUGAAGGAAGUAAUGAAAGCACAACUAUAAUUCCGGACUUGUCUAUUUUUUAUGAGUACUACAUUGGAAGUGAUUAAAAAAUAUUCAAUGUGCCAAUUUCAUUUAUAUUUUUGAUGAAA